GUUGUAGUUUCCGUAAAAAUUCUUAAUCAAUUCGUCAUUUCUAUUGAUGUCACGUCAUAGUAAAAAUAAUACAGCACAUUCUUUCUUCACGUAUCAUGAAAGAAAAAAAUUGAAAGAUUUCGGAACUUUAACAUCACGUUUAGAAGGUGAGUCUUUAAGACGUUUUGAGGAUUGUUGGCUUUGUUUAAGUAUAGCCGUUAAGCCAGUGUGUACGUUACAAGGGUAUAUUUACUGCCGUAACUGUUUAAUGGAAAAUUUGGCCGUUCAGAAAGAACAGUAUGAGCGACGUUUACAUGAGUGGCAUAUGGAACAGUCUGAGAACGAACGCGUAUGUUUAUCUUCUUUGUUAGCAAGAAGGCGUCUAACAUUCUUUUGUCUUGAUGGACAGAAAAUACACUUAAAACAGCAAGAAGAGUCUCAAGAAGAAAUUCACAAGUUUCUCUUCGCAAAUCAAGGCGUUCCAAACAUUGAAAAAGAUUCAUUCAAUGCGUCAUCUGUGGAUUUUUUAAAAUCCACCACUGAUUCCGUUGCAGGGUCGAAAAAAGACAUAUCUGCAUCCUUCUGGAUGGCUGGAACCAAUUCAGAAAUGCCUUUAUUGAAACGUAAGGAAAAAGAAUCUGCACAAACAAAGCCUCCUAGAUGUCACUUUUUUUGUCCCAUGACAAAAACGCGUCUUCAUUUAAAAGACAUUGUAACAUUACAUCCUCUUUGUCAAACGCAAAUUGAAACAGCUAUGUUUGAACAAAAACAGGAUUCAUGGAUUUGUGCUAUAACCAAAAAACAAAUUGGUUUCAAAAAAGCUAUUGCUUUAAAACAAACAGGUCAAAUCAUUCUUGAGGAAUGUUUAAAGCUUAAUGUUUUACAAGGAUUCAUUCCGUCCCAUCCCUGCGUAACACCUUCCGAUAUUGUGCAUUUAAUUCCCGGAGGCACAAGUUUCUCAGCACAUAAUAAAGUUGAAGUCAAAAUUGUUCGCCCUGUUAUGGAGUAACCAUAUAAUAAUCAAAUUAUCAUUAAAAGGAAAUAAUGAGUUUUAAAAAAUUUUUACUAAAAACUAAAAAAAAAAUUUUACCAAAAUUUUACUAGUACUAUUAAUAGAAAAAAACUAUUUUAACUUUUCUUAAA